AUGUCGAUUUCAUCGCAGGAUCGGCGUGGAACGCUGAUGAGCACCCUAGUUGGUGCUUUGUUAGCUCGAACCGAGCAAACUUCGCCGGUUUCCUCGCGUAAUCUUCCCGAAACUGGCAGGAAGUUGUCCUUCAUGCGCAUGAAACCGAACUUGACAAAAGCGAAGUUGAAUAGUUCUGUUAAAAAAGGACCUCCAAAUUCACCCGCAUCUCCAAUAAUUGCACCUCGGUCUCCUGCUGUCCUGAAUUCCCCAAACUCUCCAGCAAUCUUACGUAAUCCUCCGAAAUCCCCGGCUGUCUCCAAAGAAUUUCCGAAACCGGAUCAGAGCUCGUUGAGUAAUGCAGCCGUGGACUCGCCGAAAACGGAUGUCGAUGCGAAGUUGGAUCAAGUUUGUCCUAGUCCAGCUGUGAUAAAGCCAGUUGCUGCAGAUGUGACUGAAACAGAGGAGAUCCGAUGUGUGGAAUUUGUCGAACACGAACAUCGCGAAGACGAAGGAAAAUCUACGCCUCGAAUCAAGGAACCGAAUAAGAUUAAAGCCGCCUUGCAGACAUCUUCGAAAAGGAAUGCGAAGAAGCAGAAAGUGCUGCGUCAAGAAGUUAUCGACGGACAAAUCGGAGAUUCUUCGGAUUCGGAGAAGGAAGAAAUUUGUGCCGAUAAUCACCCAACCGACAACAUUAUGAUACUGAAGAGGCGCGCUACGAAGGGAUGUCUCCGCCGAAACCCAGCCACAAGCAAGCUGAUCGAUUGGAAGAAGGAAGCGAUGGAGAAGUUCGAUCGAGAUGAUCCAGAGAGUGCCUUUACCAUGCGGGAUCUGAUUUUUUUCCGAGGUCAAAGAGAGAAGAAAUGCGAAGAGGAAGAAGAGGCUGCAGAGGACACUGAAACCCGAGAAAAUAUUUUUUCCGACGAUCCGUUUUCAUCAGUCGCUUCUAGACAUGAAAACAUUCCAAAAUCAGAGAAUGUGAUCAUCAAGCGAGAAGAAACUCAGGGAACAGUCAAGAGUGAACGGUGUUCAACGUUGGGUUCCAAAUCGGAUCCGCCCCUCUCUGAUCCUGCUCCAGUUUCUGCUGACGUUUUGGAAGAAAAUGAGGAAGAAGUUGAUGAUGACGAAGAUAUUGGUGCCCCGAAAGUGAAGAUUGGUGCCGAUGGAUCCAUUAUCCUCGAUGAAGAAAGCCUGGUAGUUCGCACGAAAGCGUCAAAGGAGGCCGACAAAAUGAAGAAUGCUCCUGUGAUACACGAUCCGGAUUCUUUCAUGUUUGUUUCUGAAGACCGUAGGAGAAACCUGGCCAUGUUUUAUCGAGCUCUGUCGGUCGUUGGGACAGACUUCAGUAUGAUGGAAGCCUUGUUCACAAACCGAACCCGGAAGGAAUUAAAGUCAAAGUAUCGCGUUGAAAGUCGCCGAAACCCGAAACUUGUUGACCGAGCAUUGACGGGAGAAACUCGUUUUGACCUCGCUCUUCUACCAGAAUUCCAGGAAAUCGAUAAGGAGAAAAAGCCUGCUGGUCGAAGGAAGAGAACUCGUCGAAAGUCGGUGGAUGACGAUGACUUAUCCGUGAAUCAUGACAAGAUACCGAACAAAAAACAGCAGAAAAAAAUAAAAUUAGGUACUUUAUCUGGAGUACCAGAGAAAAAAAGAAGAGGGAGGGCUAAAAAAGCUCCUCCGAAUCCGGACGAUAAAUCUACCGCCGAUCCGGAUCAAGCCGAAGAACCUUCAGUUUCUCUGGAGGUUUCAUUUCCGUCGCCGCGAGUGAGCUCGUCUCUUCCCGUAGCCGUCCCUGUUCCUAAUCCGAUUGGAACAGAAGAACCGGAAAGCCAAAAUAAAACUUUUGCAGAAAUGACCACUCUGGGGUCUUCUGUAGCUUGCCAGACAACCGAACCUGCUUCCAUGCCUUCCACGUCGAAGGCUAAAAUUGUGAUCUGUUCGACAGUGUCGGACUUGUGCUCCUUGUGUCCGAAGUUUAGUGUGUUCGCGCCGGAAAAUAAGAAUCUUAGCGAGAGUGAGUUGCAAGAAGCGAUUGCUGAAGGAAUGCGCCACGUCAGCGCCGAGAGAGCCAAGAGUGCCGCCAUUCCCGCGUCGAAACACGGACCGCGUUGUCCGAAUGUGUUCCCUGAAGUUUCCAAGUCAGUUGUUGAGAAGAGGUCUGAUUCCCCGGAAACACUUCCCGGCUUGUUCUCAGUCAUGCGUGCUGCGAUGAGCUCAACUCUUGCCAGUUCAUCUUCAGCAUCCGAAAACCCCGUCAUUGAUGAAACCGAUUCUAUGAUUAUCGCGUCUGAACCCGCUCUUAUCGCUUCCGAAGUUGUCUAAAUCAUUCUUCAUCCUUCUCAUGAUGCUGUAUUUCGGGAAUUCGGAAGAUUUUCGACUGUUACUCUAAAAUCCAUGUAAGACAUUCCUGUUGAAUGACAAAAUUAUGCGUGAAACCCGUGCGUAAAGGAUGUGAAAUUGUCCGCUUGAAAAUAAUUGUUUCUCUAGUCUACGCCACCUUGUGCGUUCAUGGAAUGGGAACGGAAGUAUAAUUUUAUGCAAUUCUGGGAAGGUUUUCUUUCCGAAUUGAAUGGUUUACGCUGAUAUAAGUUGCACGCUUUUGAUUCGCGAAAAAUCUUGGGUCUUUGUAUUAACGACACCCCAGAUUCUCAUGCUCAAUGCUGCAUUACCGAGUGGUUCCGGAAUGUCCAUCUGUGAAUAAUGCUCAUCAAGUCGUCUUACAUUUUAACCGAAAAAUAAUUUAUUUCAUUUGAUCUGAGGUUGAAAUGGGGAAGAAAAAGAAGAAAUGGGUAUCUGAAAGUACUUUUGUCGCCGUUAAUCGGUAGUUUUUAUGCUCCCUCCAAGGUGUAUUAGAAAUAAAGUUAAAUUCGGCCUUUCUUGACAGUUCGCUAUUGUAAUGCAUUGUGUUAUCGGAGGUACAUAAUACUGUAUAAUAUAUGUACUUUCUCAGUUCCAAUCAGGCGAAUAAAGUUCUUUUUAUCAACAUUUACUAGUAAAUCAUAGUGCGCCUUAGAUUCUCUCGCAAACGUUUUCGUGGUUUGAGGAGCUGAAUAUGUUGCGAGUCGAAGCAUUGUGUGCUUCUUAUAUUCGCGUAAAUGGAAUAGUUUCUUCCUUCAUUCCAUUACCCAAUGCGAUAUUAGUAUUGAACCUUGCCGCCUUGGAAAUUUGUUGAUGAAAUUUUACGCGGUUGUUUCCGAAGCUUUAGUUUCAAAAAAUGAAAGCAUAUUGUUUAAUUUUAAAUUUAGCAGCUAUUCCUGCGAGAAAAAUUAGAUUUUGCAGGUGAUCGAGAAGCUCGAUUGUGUUCCAGGGUCGAAUGGUUGCUAGUGAUGUCCAUUUCAUUGCAUUUCCGCGAAGGAACUUUCAGCUCUGUUUCCCUGAAAUUGGGGUUGGGUCAGUGUUCUGGAGAACGCGACGGAUUCGAAUCGAAAUACACGUGGUUCUCCAACGCUUGACGAGAAGGAAAA